AUGACAUUACUUGGGUGGUUCGCGCUGUGCGUAGCGCCUCUGGCGCUUGCCCAUGAGAUUUCCUCUCCCAUCCACAAAGCCGGACUUUGUCAUUCUCCUUUAGAACGCUCUUUUCCCCUGCUCUCCACACCGGUGUGCUCCAACGACACACUCAUCACAAAAUACCUCUCAGGGGACAGCCACAGCCCAGCCAACCGGGCAUGGACGCGAGCGUCGUCAUGCACGGCGAACGGCACAGCAGAGUACUGCAUCUUCAUCAGCUCAACCUUCGCCAAUGGGCGGGGGAUAGCGGUGCUAACAAGCCCAGACCGGGCAGAUUACGUCGCGAAUCUGCCGGGCUUCACGGACCCGGAAGUUCUCCAGAACGAGAACCACGACGAGGACCCGGAAACGUCCAAGUUCAAGAUGGUUCACGUACCGGGCAAGGACAUGGGGGUGGUGGCGACGCAGCCGUUCCAGCGCGGCGACCACAUCAUGACCUUCACUCCGGCCAUCGUCAUCGACUACGCCAUGUUCGACGAGCUGCCCGAGGCGGACAUGCACCGCCUGCAGGCCGAGGCCAUCGACUACCUGCCGUCGGAACUGCGGGGCCGCUUCCUCAACCUGUCGACGCACGACGGCGCGACUGGUCACAUCGAGAGGGUGGACAAGAUCCUGCGGACGAAUGCGUUCGAUGUCGAUGUGGAGGACGAGAAUACCAAUGGGCUCUACGUGGUGUUCCCUGAGAUCUCCCGAUUCAACCAUGACUGUCGGCCAAACGCAGACUACUACUUCGACCCAGCCACGCUUGCGCAACACAUUCAUGCCACCCGACCCAUCCAGAUUGGGGAGGAGAUUAGCCUCACAUAUAUGGACCCAAUACGCACACGGGCCAAGCGGCUGGAGAAGCUGCAGAGCGUUUGGGGUUUCCGUUGCGGGUGCUCGCUGUGCCGGCAGCGCGCGGAGCUGUCGGCGGCGUCGGACGACCGGAUCCGGCAGAUCAAGCGGAUCAGGCGGCAGCUGGAGGACUACGGGGCGGGGUCGUCGGCGACGCCGCAGAUGGCGGACCUGAUGGUCAGCCUGUACGAGCAGGAGCGGCUGAGCGGCAGCAUCUACGAGGCGUACACGUUCGCGGCCAUCGAGUGGAACGGGGCGGGCGAGCCGUGGAACGCGGUGCGCUACGCCCGCCUGGCCAUCGAGGCCGGGCUCGCCAGCGCGGGGCCCAAGGACAGGGACGUCGUCGAGAUGGUCAAGCUCGCCGACGACCCCUGGUCGCACUGGAGCUGGAUGCUCAGGACCAGCAAGAGGAUGAGCUGGGGCGCGAUGAGGCCGGUGGCGAGCAAGCACAUGAGAGGGUCUGAUGACGACUAUGACGAUGACGACGACGAGGUGUAG